GGAAGUGGAUGUAUCAGUCCCUAAGUGUAGCACAGAAGACAAUAUCAGCAUUUAAGUGGGCUACGUAUCCUCUCAUUCGCCAGCACUCUGAACUUGUUGGCCAGAUUUCUUUCACAAGUAAUAUUGUACGCAAUCUCAUGUCACGCAUUUAAAUGUAGAAAACAAACUUUAAUUUUUUUUUACCCAAGGCCAGUUUGACAAUUGUUCAGUGUUUUUCUUAGAGUGGACUUAGAUCUAUAAUAACGAAAAUUAGAAUGCCAUUUUCAAAAGUGAAUUAUUGUUUAGUUUAAUUCGAUGGUCCAAUCUCAUUUGAAUUAUUGUUUAGUUUAAUUCGUAUAUUUACUUCUAUUAAAUCAACAAUUAAUGUUUGGAUAAAGAAUUGUCAGGCAGAAACAAAGUCAAAGAUGAGAGCAAAAAUAUUUUUUGUGUUGGUCUUGAGAGUUUAUUCCUAUGUUGCCAUGGUAACCACACAAACUAUGCCAGAAAAGGUAAAUGGAUUUACGGUCACGGCGCGAGUCGUAACAAAAGACAGAAGCAGUCCAGAGGGAGAGCACCCUAUGUGUCCUUUGGAGGUCUCCAUGGACCAAGAAAUGUGCGACACAGUAGCAGUGGGCGUGGAUCGCUCUCUAAUGCCCGAAGGAACUGUUUGCAUACAUACCACUGACAACAGUGAGGCCCCAAUCAUUGUUCGUUGUGUCCGCGGGACAUGGGAAUCAGAGAAUCAUCUAGAUCCGUCUGCUACAAGAAUUGAUUCUGACAGAGAAAAGCGAGCCCUAGGGAGUUUUCGAUUUGUCGUCCCUGCUACCAACGUAAAGUGCCUCUUUCUGUGCCAACCAGCGCCUUUCCCACAGCUUUCGGUCAGCUGCCCAAUAGUUCCUACAGAGAUCUACACAGACAAGGGCAACACGCAUGCCACCGUGACCUGGGGCAGAGUGACAAGCCAAGGCAUUCGACCUGUGGUUGCUAGAACUCAAGGCAAUGCCCCAGAAUCCUCGUUUUCUGAAGGUCAACACUGGAUUACUUACAUGGUGAAGGACACUUUUGGUCAGACACGCACGUGUAGUUUUGGAUUCAAUGUGAGAGUUCGCAGGUGUAGUGACUGGCACACCUACUAUCUCCCCAACGGUGUCAUCAGCUGUACUAACAGCAACAUUUAUGGUAGCACAUGUCGCUACAGCUGCUUCUCCGGCUACACUCUGCUAGGGUCAAACUCAUCAACUUGUGAACAGACAGGCUGGACAGAUACUAAACCUAGCUGCUCAGCCAUAUCCUGUGGUCAGCCGCCACGUGUGGUGAAUGGAAGAGUGAACUGUGGAAAUCUGGGUUACCGCGCACAGUGUCACAUCUUCUGCAACACAUCCGGGUACAUUUUGCAAGGGUCAAGUAAAGUGGAGUGCCAGGACAAUGGGCAGUGGACAUCACCGGGAGUUUGUACUGACGUGACCCCGCCAACGUUUAAAUGUACACCACAAAUGCUGGUCAACGCCGGCCCGCUGAAACAGCCAGCUCAAGUUGACUGGCCAAUGCCUGCGGCCCCCGACAACUCCAAUGGCGUCGUGUCGGUGACCAGUGACCCGGUCUCAGGGACUGUCCUGGCAGUCGGUGUUCACCAAGUGACCUUCACCUCCGUGGACAGCAGCGGCAACAAGGCCACUUGUUUUAUGAGUGUCUACGUACAAGUGGUGAAGUGUAGCUCGAGCCAGCUGGCCGAGAGGUUCUCGGAAGUUUCCUGUUCACAGGAGAAUAUCUACGGGUCCGACUGCCGUGUCAACUGUAGUGACAACUACUACCUGGAAGGUGAAGGUCAUCGCUACUGCCUGGAGAAUGGAUCGUGGAGCGGCCAGCAAGCGAAAUGCCUAGGUCUUCCGUGUCAAGAGCCUCCAGAAGUGGCCAACGGAAACUUUACUUGUGAGCAAGGCUACAAUUAUGGGGAAAUAUGUACUCUAACUUGCCAGAAAGGAUUCCUGGCCAUUCCGCCAUGGACGAUCACUUGCGACAUUAACUGGUCAACGGCUGGACAUUGCCAAGACGUAGAAAGUCCGGAUUUUCCCGAUGGAUGUCCACCGGAUAUGACGUUGAACGCCUCAAGACUAGGGGAGCUGACUCUCGCAUCCUUCCAGCUACCUCACGUGACCGACAAUUCUGGCCAGCCUUUGGACGUCAGUUCGGAGCCCCUCCCUGGCUCCGCCUUUGACUUAGGAGUGACCAACGUUACUGUCACUGCCCAAGACCCGAGCGGGAACAUGGCUACUUGUACUUUCUAUGUCAAGGUCGCAGAAAGAUCAUGUGACCCUCCGAAUUUCGACCCAAUACGUAAGUUUCUUAGAUAUAAUUGUCCGAAUGGUCAUCAGUUUGGCGCGACCUGUUCCUUGUCAUGCCCCAACGGCACAGAACUGGCAGACACCAUCACUUGUGAUGAGGCAUCCACUGGUCAAUUGCAGUGGACAACUGCUGGAAAUGCGACACCAUCAUGUCCAGAUGAAGUCUGUCCGCCAUUGCCUCACCCAGAGCACGGUUACCUGGAGUGUGAAACUGCCAUCACCAGGAAGAGAGGACCUUUAGAAAAAUGUCGUGUCAAGUGUAAUGCGGGCUACUCUCUGUUCAAGACGGCCAAAGAUUUUGUUCAGUGUUUCACUAAUAUCGGACGCUGGUCUGGGACGGUCAGCAAGUGUAUUCAGAAUAAAAACCCAGAUAAAGUUGAAGUUUACUUUAAGGCCCUCUAUAACUUUCCCAAAUGUACCAAGGACGAAGCUAAUCUGAAGAUGGGCUUGUUGGAGAAAAAUUUGUUCAAGUCCAAACUUUACGAGGUGUGUCCCAUUGGGGUCAACUGCCCAGUAACCUUGACCUCAUUUUGCCGCGUGUCAUCAGGUAUCAAAGGGCAAGCUGAGUCAGUCGCUGACUUGGAGGUCACGUUGGUCAUAGACUUAGGGGCCUUUGACGAGACCUUCCUUGGCCAGAACCUCUACAACGAACUUGAACUCAGCACACAGAACGCUGUCACCAUCGCUGAUGACGAUGGUCUGUUUGACAUUCCAGGAGCUGGCGCUCCCGUAUCUUUCACUCUGCCUCGCCUGAAUUUCAGCUGCUCUGGGGGCAGAGUGUUUACCUCGGCAACAUAUUCUUGCGUUGUAUGCGGUCCAGGCUAUCGAUACAAGAAUGAAACAUUGGAGUGUGAGGUUUGCUCAGUCGGUACAUAUCAAGAUGCACUGAUGGCUUUUACCUGCUCGAAGUGUCCAGCUGGAACCACCACUAUUAAGUCAGCUGCCACAUCAUCAGACCUGUGCAUAGAGAUUUGUUCACCUGGCAGCAUGUCGACACAGAAGACUGGGUUAGCCCCCUGCUCCCCAUGUGACGUGGGCACCUACCAGAAUGAAUCCAUGGCCAAGUCCUGCGUCGUCUGUCCGUUCGGAAUGACCACGCUCUCUAACGGCUCAGUGUCCGUAGCGGAAUGUCAGUUUUUCAACAUACGCUUGGCCAAGGACAGACCAGUAGCAGACGUGACCUUGCCAACCCUGACCUCAGGUUCCGCAACAUUUAUGAUGUGGGUGCAUCUGCCCGUUCUUAAUCCUACAAUGUCCCUGACAUUCAACCUUGACCCAAGCGUCGAUCAGACGGGAAGCGCCUACUUUACGAUUGGUCAUGUGAAAUUAUAUCUAGACCUUGAAGAAACCUCACUGAUAAGAACUUGGUAUCACGUGACUCUCAUCUUGACACAAGGGAACACAACUCUGGUUGUAGAUGGAGAGGCAAUGAACUUCACAGCAGACGAACUAGCAGACGAGACAUCGUUAGGUUUUACUGCAUCGGACACUAUCAAAUCUGUGGUCAUCACCGGUGUCCAGUUGUCCAAUUCUAUUCUGAGUUUGGAAGAAAUCACUCAAUACUCACAAUCAUGUCACAAAAGAUUGGACGAUAAUGUGCUGAUGGUCAGCAAGCCGGACAAAUCCCUUAUCACACCCAGUACCUGUGAUGACACAAAUAAUUGUGACGAUCAGACGUGUAAUCAUCAUGGUUUUUGUGUGGACGGAGCUGACCACGUGACCUGUGUCUGCGAUGACCCGUGGUACGGCAGCUUGUGCGAGAAAGUGCCAGACUACUGCAACGAAAAUCAGUGUCACAAUGAAUCGAUUUGCAUCAGCGAGACAGACCUGAAGAAAUACACAUGUCAGUGCAGUUCUGGUCGUAAAGGGACACUAUGUCAAGAACUAGCCGUGAACGGUCUGUGGAGUGAGUGGGAACCCUGGGGUGCUUGCACGGCGCCCUGUGGUCAAGGCGAGAGAACGCGUCACAGAGCAUGUGACAACCCGCCCCCUGACCCGGAAGGAGAACCCUGCACCGGCGAGGACGAAAGGAUCGAGUCUUGUGUUGGAACUCAAUGUCCAGUGCUGUAUGGUCAAUGGGGGCAGUGGUCAAACUGGACAUGUUCUGUCACCUGCGGGACCGGGCUAGAGAGUAGGACCAGGGAGUGCAUCAGUCUGUCCCCUGAAGAUGGGGGCAAGUGUCUGGGUGACGCUGACCAACAGAGACCCUGCAACCUGUCAGCAUGUCCGAUUGAUGGUCAGUUUGGCGACUGGACAACGUGGUCACCAUGCAGUACAACAUGUGGAGGUGGGGUGAUGACCAGAGAUCGGAAAUGUGACAGCCCAGCCCCGAGCCAAGGAGGACAGGACUGCAACAUGAGUGAAGCGAGAGACACCAAGUCGUGUAAUCAACAAGCGUGUCCAGUCUGUGCCAACUUGACAUUCAGCAAGCAGAUACUGAAAUGUAAAUAUAACACUAAAACUUCACUGAAAGAGUGCAGCAUUAGCUGCGGCGUGGGUCACGAGCUAGUGCCCCCAGAACCCAAACAAAUCAAGUGUGGCUUGCCUACUAACUACACUUGGAGUCAUCAAACAAAGGAUAACCCAUUGGGAAAGAUACCUAAGUGCUCAAAAGCCAAGCCUCCAUCGAAUCAGACAGUCAUCGUCAAGUACAAAUGUAUUGGCUGUCCACCUGCGACAUCAAGUCCUGCCAAAAAGAUCAUCAACUCGACCAAGAAUUCCUUGAAAACCAGCAACGUGUGUGGAAAGAAAACGCAGUGUAAUGUGAAAACAGCAUCAAGCAAACAAGGGAGAAAACGCUCAACUGAAUCUAUGUAUCUUGUGGUGACCUUAGAGUUGGAUCUGACAGAUGAGAAUAGGAAAAACAUAUCACACGACGAAGCAGAAACACUAAUUCGUGAGUUUGAAACCUCUGCGGUGAAACUUUUCAAUAGUUCCCAGGAAAUAUUUCAACUGAAGGUGAGCGACACACAAUUCAAUGGCUACAUAGAGUCUGCGGAAGCCGAGGUGAUAUGCCAUGAGGGCUCUGGCUUUUACAAUGGAAUGUGCGUUGAUUGCCCUGAGGGCACUUACUCGUUGGGCAAUGGCUCGUGUUUUCUUUGUAACAAAGGUUAUUACCAGGAGGAGCCUAGGCAGUCCCAGUGUCAACCAUGCCCUGAAGGUUUGACCACUUCCGGAAUGGGCUCAGUUUAUAAGACAGAGUGCCAGAAGAAUCCUCCAACGUAUGAGGAUAUAUUCUGGUGGGUCAGUGAUGAUGAAGAGAUUUUUGAAAACUUAGAUGGCAGACGGAACACGAAUGACAAGGUCAAGUUCAUCAGUGGAGAAGACAUGUUGCUUGUAGCCAUUGUUGUCAGCGCCACAAUAGCCGCCAUUGUAAUUAUAACCAUUAUUGCUUACAUUGCAUUAAGGAGUAAACAGCAGUUGGCUUUAUCCCAAGAUUCCCAAGCUUCGAGAAUUCAGAAUCCAUUAUUCAGCAAGAUACCAGAGCCCGCUGUUGAGAAUAUCUACACUAAAAUGUCGGAAUCAUUGUAUGACUCUCCAGGGCAGGAGAAAGAGAAGGCAUCAGAAGACGAAGCACUGCUAAAACCUGUUGCAGACGCUGAGCAAGGGGCGGUACCGGAAGCACUUGCCUCUAUAGAGUUGCUGGAUCCCUCAGAGCUGAAAGCUGUCGCGGCUGUGAAUAAAAUGUUUGAGCUGUAAUUUGGGUCAUGUUAGAAUUUAUACUGUUCGAAUAAAUUAGAAUUUAUACUUUAAGAAUUUACACUGUUAGAGCUACAUUUUUAUUGGUAUAACUAUGAUGUUGUAUGUAAUUUUAAUACAUAUAUUUGUUGUUUGCAAUGUCAUAAAUAUUUGUUACUAAUAAUAUUUACGACAUUGCAACUAUUUUUUUUUCUGCAAUUUGAAACUUAAAUAACUUUUUUAAUAAUAGUAAAAUGGAACAUGUUAAUCUAUCCCCUCGUCACGUUAGUCCUUUUUUAUAUAAGCAAACAUUUCACAUCUUUAUUAGCUAAAUCAAUACUGAUUAAUUUAAUACAAAUGUUUUCCUGGAAAUGAAAUUCUCAACAGCUGCAAAAGCAACAGAUGUAAAUACAAUGAUUGAAAAAAAAAAUGGGGCUCAUAUAUAUACAGAUGAUAACCCAUCUCAGCUUGAAACCGUCCCUCGCGAUUCAAUCUGGAGACUUCAGAAGAGAAAGAUCAAUUUUAUUUCGAUUUUUUUUUUAAAUCACUGAUCGUUAGUGUCAAUGGUGCACAUGUAUUAUGGUGUUGCCCAAUCUGGACACUAAUUGAUGAGGCUGAGACUAGUGAGCUAAAGAAAUGAAGCCUUCAAAAGAAAGCUCUGCUAGAGCAGCGGUUCUCAACCUUUUAAUUCACCAUUUUCUCUUAUUGAAAAUUUAGUCGCUGGCAAUACAUAAGCUUUAGAACAGAGGUUCUCAAACUUUUUUUUACUUGAGAACCCCUUUAUAAAGUCAUAACUUGCCCACGGACCCCCUAAGUGAAAUUUUAUUAGUGUAUUUCUGUCCGGCACAAUAUUGUUUGUAGUUGACAACAGUAAGUCUCACGAGCACAAAGUUCUACUCCAGCGGUUCUCAACUUUUUAUGCUCGGCGACCCCUUUUUUACAACCCCCCACUCUGCCGCGACCCCCCCCCCCUUCCUCCGUAUACACACACAGCAAUAGAAGAAUGGACAAAAACAAUUCAUUUUUUUCGAUGGUCUUAGGCGACCCCUGGCAAAUCAUCAAUCGACCCCCAAAGGGGUCGCGACCCACAGGUUGAGAACCCCUGUGCUAGAGAUUUGCAGACGAAAACGCAAGACUUUUCAGUCAGGCUUCACGUGCUCUUUAAUGGCGUGUUAUGAAUGAACAUUUUGUAAAAGUAUUUAUGAAUACAUUAAAAUCAUUCUCUGUAUGUCAUAUAUGUGAACUGAGUGAGUUUGGUCAUGCUUGUUACUAUUACUGUAGUCCUGAUAUACCGUCAGUUGUUUGUUUUUUUAAUUCGUGUGUGUGUGUCAUAUCUUUUUGUUUUCUGACUUUUCUGAAUUUUACUAGAAAUAAAGACAUUUGUUUCAACCAA